UAUAUGUAGUUAGUUUAUGAGAUGCAGGGGCUCUAAAUGGAGUAAUUGGUUGUUUUUUGAGGAAGCCCUGCUGUAACAACAUGAGGGAAUUCACUGGGUCUUCUGUGCAUCUGAAAAUAGACCUUCUUUUGAGCUGUUGGGGAAAACAUUUUGAAAUCUGAAUGGCAGAUAUUCCUCAGGCAGGUAUCCCAGCAUUCUCUUCAUGGCUCGCUGAGAUUUCAGAUGCUUUUUCCAAUGGCUUUCGCCGCCUCAGCCUAAACAGAGUUGUUGACUCUGAGGUGUCAGUGAAAGAUGAGAGUUCAGAGGUGGAGCAGAACUUGAGGGCUGUUCAUGGAUCUGGAGUAGAUCCACAGGAGAAGCUGGCGCUGCGAGGUCAGGGCAGCAGGUUUGAUUAUGCCCUCUCUGUCGAACGUCUGACUCCCAUCAGUGAAGAGACAGAUGAGCUGGAGAGCAGGAGGAGUCUGCUGGCUUCACGCUGCUCUGAUGCUGUGAAUAGUUACGGCGAAGGCGGUGAGAUUUCCAGCUCAUCAGGCAGCGAUGAUGAGUUAGCAAAGCAGUUUGAGAUCUCGGUUUCCCGCUCACAAAGCUUCCGUUCGGGGGUUACGGAGCUUGACACCCAGAAUGCACCAGGGCAACAUCAUAAAUUUAAACGGCUGCUGUCUGACCAGGAAGAAGGAAGCACAGAGCCAUCUGACUGUGAAGAAGCUGAGAGAAACAGUGUGCAGAGUUUUCAGGAUCCCCUCUCGUCUAGGCGUCGUGUAGGGUCUGAGCCGAGAGACCCGUUAUCACAGAGUCCUCUUCCUGAGGGCCGGACACUCACUGAUCCCCUCUCUCUGAUGGCGGAGCAGAUCUCUGUGAGCCCCCAGGACACAGGGGACCGUCUGGAGGCUCUACCCAGGGAUGAGGGCAGUCGCCUGAGCAGUGUGGGGCGGCAAACCCCACAAAGGAGUCUGGCAGUCGACAAUCAUGGUUAUGACAACAGUGAGGCUACGGAUAAUAUCUCCACAUGGAGUUCUGAGCAUGAACAAUCUCCAUCCCACCCUCUGAGCACUUCCCCUCGUGGGCAUAUCUCAAAAUGUGGUGAUCUCAUAAUUGCCCUCGACUACCGGGCUGAAACCCACAGGCUCCUGGUCACGGUGAUAAUGGCCCAAGGCAUUCCAGACAAGGCACGGAGUGGCAUGGAUUCCUGGCAGGUGCACGUGGUGUUGUUACCUGGGAAACGACAGCGGCACAAGACGGCCGUACAGAAAGGCUCCAUGCCCAGGUUUGAAGAGACAUUCCGGUUCUCACAUCUAGAGCUAGGGGAUCUGGGUUCCUCUGCGCUGCGGUUCCGCCUGUAUGCACUGGGGAAGAUGAACAAGGAGAGGAUGAUGGGAGAGGCCAUGUACAGGCUGAACAGGCUGAAUCACACGGGGCGCUUCGAGAUCACUCUGGUGCUGGAGCCACGUAGUAAUCUCAAGACAGUAGACUCCCAGGUGUCUUUCAGCGCUCAGAGUGACAGUGCUUCCUCCAGUCAUUCUGUGUCUCACGGUGGAAACCCAGAACUACUGCUGGGUUUAUCAUAUAACGCCACCACAGGACGACUGUCUGUGGAGAUCAUUAAAGGCAGCCACUUCCGUAACUUCGCACUCAACAGACCUCCAGAUACAUUUGGUAAGCUCACUCUGUUAAACUCCAUGGGACAGGAGAUUUCCCGCUGUAAGACGUCCAUCCGUCGCACUCAGCCGAAUCCUGUCUUCAAGGAGACGUUUGUCUUCCAGGUCGCACUGUUCCAACUGUCAGAUGUCACAUUAAUGGUCUCCAUUUACAAUCGGCGGAACAUGAAGCGCAAGGAGAUGAUUGGCUGGGUGGCUCUGGGCCAGAACAGCAGUGGUGAGGAAGAACUUCUUCACUGGCAGGACAUGAAGGAGAGUGGAAACCAACAAGUCUGCCGCUGGCACACACUACUGGAAGCUUAGAGGUGAGAGAUAGAAGUCUAAUCAUUCAUACCUACUGCGUUCAGCUGGAUUUUCCUUUGGGAAGGAGGUGAAAGCCAAGACCAAAAAUACCCAUAAGAACAGGAAUGAACAAGCACUUUUAACAGUUUCAAAGAAAGAUAAUAAUGCAAUUGUGAAAAUCUUGGAAGCACAUACAACACAAAGAAACACCCACACACCACUUUUCUUUCUCCCUGGGAGUACUUGAUACAGCCUCUUAUCUGGUAACCAGGAAAUGACUUCAUGGCGUAAUAUACUGACUACUCUCUUCAACUCCAGCAGCAACCAAUCAAAACGCGUUAUUGCCAGAGCCACGGUGAUUGUCGCCUAGCGAUUUCAUGAAUGGAGGAUUGAUUUGAAAUGAUUAAAUGUCUUCUUCAGAUCAUUUUAAGCCUCAAGUUCAGACUGACACCAGAAGCAGUUUUGGUGAGACCAAAUGUUUAAUGAGCAGAAAACUGUUGAACACGUGCACUUUCAAUCAUGCUCUCCUACUGAUGACAGUAAAGCUGUUUCUUUUUGUUACAUUUGACAUUUUUUAUUACAUUUUACGUCAAAAUAUGCUGUAAUUUAAAGUCAUGGACAGUGUUAUGAUAAAAGU